AUGCUGUACACCUUUGUUAUCCUUGAUUUUAUUUCUGGUGGAAUUUUGUAUUAUGGUCAUCUUUGUAUGAGAGGGAAAAAGAGUGUUUGUGACACUGAUUUAUGGGAAGGCACUUCCAAAGCUGCCGAGGGCCACCUUGCCUAUUUGCUUUUCAAGAAGGCCAAAGAAGAGGGCCUCAACAUUGCUUUAAAUUGGCAGGAUCAAGAUUCAACUGCUGAAAAAUCAUUUAGAAGUAUUUUUCCUGAUGGUGAGUUGAAUCGUGUGAUGCUGUGUGGAGGUCAUGUUGGACGUUCCCAUGGGAACAAUUUGAAGGAAUACAAGGGGAAGAAAGUUGUUGACAAAGGCUUUAUUGAUAAGCACAAGAAAAACCGCCCAGAAAUUAGCAAAGCAAAAUGCUGUUGUGAAGGUAAGAAACACUCCAAAUCAUGUGGGUGUCUUUCUGAUGAUUUCAUUGCUGCUGCAAAACGAAAUCAUUUUUCUGCUCUAAAACAGAGUCACAAUAGUUCAGAGGAAUAUUCCAGGCGUAUGAUAGCAUUGGGAAGAUACCACUGCAGAGAUAUCCACCAGUGGAUAAAUAAGGAUGGCGAAAAUGAGGAGUGUGGAUUUCAUGCCCUGGUUAUUUGCUCUUGUGGGUCAUGUGUAAGCAAUGGAAGUGAUGGUAAUGACAGUAAUGAUGCUGGAAGCAGUGAUGAUGAUGAUGGCAGUGGUGGUGAUCAUAAUGUUAGUAAUGGUGAUGGUGAUAGUAAUGAUGAAAGUGAUGAUAAUGGUGAUAUUAAUGAUGAAAGUGAUGAUGAUGAAAGUGAUGAUGAUGAUAGUAAUGAUGAUGGCAGUGAUAAUGAAGACAGUGAUUAUGAUGACAUUGAUAAUAGUGAUGAAGAUGAAGAUCCUCAGUUGAAAUGCCCUGGUAAGUCAUAUACGACUCGAAAGAUUCUUCAUUGUGAGCUUCAUGCUCUGUUGUACGAGAUUGAGUGUACCCGAAUUUCUCAGAAAGCCAAAGAUAUUGUGCAUGAGGAAAUGGGGAGAGGACACUCAAGCAUGCCUGAGAGCAAGUUUAAUGUGUUGACUCGCUUUCACACAAAGAAUGUUAACUUACACCAAUUACAUUAUGAAUUUAUUACAAAUGUUGGAUUAUGCCAGAGUAAUAUGACAUUUAUGUAUAAAGAAUAUGGUCCGUCAUAUCACUGGAUGAAGGAAUUGUAUGACCUGUUGCACCUCCCAACUCCUGAUGGGCUAGAGGAAAUAUGGAGAAUGGAAAAUGAAAGGAGAAUGAAGGGGCUUAUCAAGAARAGAACAGAUGCAGCAAAAUCUGCUAGAGCAAAGAAAAAGCAACAACGUCUUCAAGAGAGCAAACAAAGGAAGAAAUUUGUUCAGAGGCAAAAGAUUGUGCAUAACUAUGGGGACCAAGGGGAAGAUUUUGGAGAAGAAGAAUUAUUACAGGAGGUACAAAAGAAAAUUCGCAAGAACACUGGCACUCGGGAACAACCAAAAGCAACCGAUGCUCCCCGAGGAGCCAGAGUGAAUAUUGGUGGGCAGCAAUGUAGAUGCGGAAGUAAAGAACAUUUGCGCAUUUCCCACAGAACUUGUCCUUUGAAUAAAAACAAAAAUUCUUAAUAGAUACACUAAGACUGUAGAUUAUACAAUUUUACAAAGAACACA